CCAAGCAGCCAGUGAACGCGCUCAAUACAACCCAGAAGACACUUAAUAUGCUUUCACAUUAAUGUAGUUAAAGCUUCAGGGCUCUCUUCUGAAAUAUAAUGGACAAAAAUGCUUGAUAGACUCUGUUUAAAACAUUUUCUGUAUAGACAAAGGAAUGUUUUUGCUUAUUUUUAUAUUGUUUAACUCUUUUCCAAGGGACGCGCAGCAAGAGAGACACUACCUGCACUACAUGUUUACAGCCAUUAUGGGAACAUACCGGAACCCAGAGUUCAGUGCUGUAGCUGUUUAUGAUGAUAGACAGAUCAAACACUUCAGUGAUAAAGAAAGAGUCUGGAUUUUGACUGAAAGUGACCAAACAAAUGCACCUGAUGAUCCGCCUGAUCAUAGAGACUGGUUCAUUCAUCAGAUCAGGACUCUGUCAAACUGCCCAAACUCACAGUGUUCUGGUUCACCAGAUGUUCACAUAUUUGCGACAGAAUAUAGUAAGCGUGAACUGGUUCUGAUGUGUCUGGCCACUGGUUUCUACCCCAGAGAUGUUCAGAUGUUGAUGUUCAUUAGAUUGGACAGAACUAAUCUUGAGGAUCAAACAUCUUCUGGAAUCAGACCAAAUGAUGAUGAAACCUUUCAGAUGAGCACCAGUGUGAAGAUCGACAGAAACUAUGAAGGAUCUUAUGACUGUCUGCUCAUUCACAGCAGUCUGGCUGAACCAGUUGUAGAAGAAUGGGAUGAAACAUGCAUUGACUGUAAAAUACCUGAAUGGAUUAUGAUAGCAGGAGUAGCAGCUGUAGUUCUAGCUGUAGCUUUAAUUGUUGCUGUGCCUUGUUUGAAAGUACAAAAAUGGUACCAAGACAGUUAUCCAUAUGAUCCCAUUCUACUGCGGGAUUUAAGGCGAAUUCGUUAUUCUGAUGAAAGUUCCCGAAUGCUCCGGAGGAUCAAGAACCCAUGUGUUUCACAUGCUGCAUAAUUCUUUGUUUUUGUUUUAAAUCACAUUAAAACUGAUGAAAGAUGAAAACUGAAUGAAAGGUGAAAACUGUUUUACAUUGUUUGAAUAUCAGAUUUAAACACUUUGUGACUGUGUUUCUAAUGCUGUAUACUGUAAAAAAUUUCCAAGGAUUUACAGGAGUAUUAUUUGACAAUAAAUUACUUUAUUCAUUUUCUUUUUAUUAUCAAUUACUGAUAAUCAACAGCAAAAUGAAAGGCAUACUUACAUCACAGUAAUUUACUGUUCUUGUUUUACUGUGAAUUCACAUUAUAAAGUUGUCUUCAUUCUUGCAACUUUGAGAAAUUAUA